AUGACAGCACGUAGUUCAUCAUCAUCGUCAUCUUCUUCAGAAACGGAAAUAACCUCCGAACGUAUUCGUGCUACGAGUGAAACAUCAGGCGAUAUCACUCGAACAGAAUCACAUUUACGACAAGAUUCACCAACGAACACUAUAGAUGGAACUUCCAUUGCGGAUACAACAACCGUACGAAGUGCAUCACCAACACAAAGUCAUCUCUCCCAAGCACGCACGCAUACAACGUUCGAUUCCACCAGUGUCGCGACUGGUUUCUCCAAAGGAACGGUGAGUAGCCAACCACAACUAGCUGGUGGUAUUCCCAUCAUUCGGCCACCUGGUCUGCAACAGCAGCAACAAGGUGGGACAGGCAUUGGUGUCUUCGGGCCACAACGACCAACGGGCUAUCCGACUCAACCACCAUCCAGUGUGGGAAGCAUCAGUCAACAGCCAAUUCAGAUCGAUGUUGCAGCCGCACAACAACAAUAUCAACAACGCGGUAUGCAACCAGAAAUAAGCCCUUAUAGUGGAUCAACGACGUCAUCCAGUGCGGGCUCAUUAUCCGUUUCAGCUGCAACAUCAUCGAACCGUCCACCACAAUUUGACGCUACCAAAGCUGUUUUCAACCAAGUCGAUACUAAUCAAAAUGGGUCACUCAGUCGAGAUGAAUUUAAUACAUGGGCUCAACAGGGCGUGACUGGCGCAAGUGGUGGUCAGUAUCAACAGCAACAGCAGCAGCAACAACAACAACAACAACAAACACAAUUCCCUAAUCAGAUUCCUGCAUCCCAAGUUUACAAUGAAUUACUCGGCCCAGAUGCAUUCAAAGAUGUUAUUCUCGAUAUUGACUACGGUGCCAUGGCCGGAUUCAAUGUUGCCUUUCAAUCAGGUGGUGAUUUCAAUAAUGGACAACUACCACCUGGUAUCAAUGUUCGCCCAGCUUAUACCACUGUCGACUCGCUCAACUAUCAACAACAUAUGUUUAAUACUGCUCGAACUAUAAAUGCAGGAAAUCAAAAUGAUAGUUUCGAUUUUAAUGCGGCUGCAAGUGGUUCAUAUGCAACUGGAGGUGCGGACGGACAACAAUUCGAUGUUGCUCGAGCUAUAUUUAAUCAAGCCGAUGCUAAUCAAGAUGGUGCCAUCAGUCGAGAUGAAUUUCGUCAAUGGGCUCAAGGUGGUAAUCAACAAAACUAUGGCGGACAACAAUCAUACUCUGCAGCCGCUAGCAACUAUCAAGCUAGUUAUGGAAAUCAUGCUGGUGGCGUUCAAAACAGUGUAUAUCAAGCAGCUCUAUUCGAUGGUGCUAAUCCAGCUGUAGCAAAUAUUCUUCAACAAAGUGGACUCGGACAAGUUGUACCAAAUUAA